AUGCAACGAUCACAACUACUAGCAUCUCAAGCUCAUCAUGUCAACACAUUACAAACAAAACAAAUAGAACAAUGUCAAACAAAAAUGGAUAAAUCAAGUAAACAUCUUAAAGAUGUUGAACAUGAAAUCGAUGAAUUACAAAGAAGUUUUUGUAUUCGUUUAUGUUGUUCAUCAAAAUCAAAAAAAUCCAAAUCGAAAAAUUCAUCAUUAAAUAAAGCUCAAGAAAAUAAAUCAAAUGAAAAUUUAAUUCAUAUUGAACAAGAUCAAAUCUAUUCAAAUGAUCAAUUUCAAAAUUUUGAUGAAAAUUUACAACGUUUACAAUAUUUUAAUACUUUAAUUGAUAAUGAAAUUCAAGAUCAAAUUCAAACAUUAGUUUGUUUUCGAUAUAUAGCAUCUCUCACAAUGAUUUGA